GUGAGGGAGAAAUUGUAGCAGGGAACUCAUCGCCUGGUCGCUGUGGGGUGGAGGGGAUCAUCCAAACUCCUCCGACGCUAUCUCCCCUCCUUCACCUGUCAAAAAGAGAGUGUGAGAGCUGGCAGAGCGAGUGAGGGUGUGUGUGUGUGUGUGUGUGUGUGUGUGUGUGUGUGUGCGUGUGUGUAGGGGAGGGGCCCGUGUGGGUCCUCUGAGAGGUCAGGGGAAGAAGCUGUGGCUCCACUCAUCUUCUCUCUGUGCAGGGCCCACCGCUGCUCUCAGACAUCUGGCCUCACACUGAUCACUCAUAUCUUCAGACAGGGAGGAGGAGGAGGAGCGCUUCAAUCUUUGAGCAGCAGAAAUAGCACAGAUCGCCCUCUUUCAGUGUUCACACUCUCUUUACCGCCUUCCUUUGACGUUAUUUUCCACCUCCUUGCACCAGUUUUACAAGCAAAGGAGCCCAAGUCGGUAAAAAGGGCAUCAAAUAUAGCGUCUGCUAGAUAAGGCGCCGACUGUAUAAGAGAUAAGGAGCACAUGAUAGCCAGUGUGCUGUGUCUAGCAAGCAGGUCUACAAGGCUCUGCUUGCAAUCAGUGGGAAGAGGGCCAGCUUCCCUGCCUGAGCUCUCAGCGCCCCUACUGGCUGCACGCUGUGCCAAUCAAAGGCGAGUGGGUGGGGAGCAGCCAGACAUGAACGCUGAUGUCACAGUCACAUGGAUUCUGGUGUGGUCAUGCUCGGAGGCUGAGAGACAGAGCUGUGCUGGCCAGCUGCUGCUGAGACAGCAGUGGAGGGCUUUGCGCUGGUGAUAGUUCCUCUCUUAUGGACUCGAAGCUUAAUGAUGUAUUUUGUGAUUUCAGCUAUGAAAGCUCAAAUCGAAAUAAUUCCCUGCAAGAUCUGUGGAGACAAAUCAUCAGGCAUCCAUUACGGCGUGAUAACAUGUGAAGGCUGUAAGGGUUUCUUCAGGAGGAGUCAACAGAGCAAUGCAGCCUACUCCUGCCCCCGUCAGAAGAACUGCCUGAUCGACCGCACCAGCCGCAACCGCUGCCAGCACUGCCGUCUGCAGAAGUGCCUGGCAGUGGGCAUGUCACGAGACGCGGUGAAGUUCGGCCGCAUGUCCAAGAAGCAGCGCGACAGUCUGUACGCUGAGGUCCAGAAGCACCGGCUGCAGCAGCAGCAGCGUGACCACCAGCAGCAGCCCGGGGAGGCGGAGCCGCUCACACCCAGCUACGGCCUGUCAGCCAACGGCCUCACGGAGCUGCACGACGACCUCAGCGGCUACAUGGACGGACACACCCCGGACGGCAGCAAGCCCGACUCGGCCGUCAGCAGCUUCUACCUGGACAUCCAGCCGUCCCCCGACCAGUCGGGCCUGGACAUCAACGGCAUAAAGCCGGAGCCCAUCUGCGACUUCGCCCCCGGCUCCGGCUUCUUCCCCUACUGCUCCUUCACCAACGGCGAGACCUCCCCCACCGUGUCCAUGGCUGAACUAGAGCACCUGGCCCAGAACAUCUCCAAGUCACACAUGGAGACAUGUCAGUACCUGCGGGAGGAGCUGCAGCAGAUGACCUGGCAGGCCUUCCUGCAGGAGGAGGUGGAGAGCUACCAGAGCAAGCCCCGGGAAGUCAUGUGGCAGCUGUGCGCUAUCAAAAUCACGGAGGCCAUCCAGUACGUGGUGGAGUUCGCCAAGCGCAUCGACGGCUUCAUGGAGCUGUGUCAGAACGAUCAGAUAGUGCUGCUGAAAGCAGGCUCUUUGGAAGUUGUGUUUGUCAGAAUGUGCCGUGCCUUUGACUCGCAAAACAACACAGUCUAUUUUGAUGGAAAAUAUGCCGGACCUGAUGUGUUCAAGUCAUUAGGCUGUGACGACUUGAUCAGCUCCGUCUUCGAGUUUGGGAAAAACUUGUGUUCUAUGCACCUGUCUGAGGAUGAGAUCGCCCUGUUCUCCGCCUUUGUGUUGAUGUCUGCUGACCGAUCCUGGCUCCAGGAGAAGGUGAAGGUGGAGAAGCUGCAGCAGAAAAUCCAGCUCGCCCUCCAGCAUGUGCUGCAGAAGAACCACAGAGAGGACGGCAUUCUCACAAAGUUGAUAUGCAAAGUGUCAACACUGCGAGCGCUGUGCAGCAGGCAUACAGAGAAGCUCACGGCUUUCAAAGCAAUAUACCCAGACAUUGUGCGUGCCCACUUCCCCCCCUUAUACAAGGAGCUGUUCGGAUCAGACUUUGAGCAGUCCAUGCCCGUUGACGGGUAGCGUCCCCGCCCGGUGCCAGUGCGCCCACCGUAGGGGAAUGUGGAGGAGGAAUCUGAGACACUUUACCGGUGCCCUGGACAAACCAGAGUGGACAGACGGCACGCUGUUCAACUUCUUCUUUUGCAGUGGAGGGGCGAGGGCUUAGGGAGUUGAAUCUCAAAGUUUACUUUAUCGAAUUUGUUCUCUUUGGAAGACUUGUGGAACCCGACACCCCAUGGGACACCAGGAGGAGAUAGGGACGAAUGAUUUCUGUCCGGUUGAAUUUGAGCUUUCUGUGCGCAUUUUUAACAUCCAGCUCAAGACUCCUUUAAACCUUUCUUUCAUUCCCACCUCUAUUUAUUGCAUCACAUUAUUAUGAUUUAACUGCGCAUCCGUAUUGUCAUUAUAUAAACAAAUUAUCAGCCACUUUUUGAGUAAAAAUAGAUGACUCUCCCCCUCUUCAAUUAAAAGAUAAAUGCACAUCAGUGUUGUUCAGAUUUUUCUCCCCAAAACAUAUUUUUGUAUGCAAAAUUUGUAAUAGUCCCUAUCUCCGUCACACCGUCAUCAGGCUGAAACCAACAGCCCAUAAAUGCGCACACUUUGGUCAAGUUCAGCCGUUUCUCUCACGUCCAGCGCUCGGAUCGAAAACUCACACCGACUUGGAGGGAAGGUUCCAUCGGCAUGGUGAUGCAAUCAGCACCUCUCUCUGGACAAUCGUUUAAAACAACAACAACAACAACAGCAGCAGCAGCAGCAACAAAAAAAGAAACCUAGAAUUCUGGUAAUUCUAAUGAAAACGCAAUGAUUUUAGCUGUCAAAGACUCCAUCCAUCCGCCAUUGUUGCAUAGUGAAAUCAUGUAAGGCCAUCUGCUAUUAAUCCUUCUCUGGACAGGUGCCCUGGAGGAGCACGGGCACCAACACAAAGAAAAGGGUCCAUUCCACCUGUUUUAUAAUGUACUACAGGGUAUAUGGUCAUAAGUACUUACUAUACAGAAAAAAGUAAUGUUUAUAGAAUCUAUUUUAAAUAACAUGUAUGAUAUUAGUAGUUAGACCAUUCUUAAUUGUUGAAUUGAUAAGGCACUUUUAUUUACACCUUUCUUUAAUUUAAGACUUGUAUAUUUACCUAGUGAUGUGUUGCAUGUGCACAAGAAACCCAAGUGGAAGCGUGGUCACAGAGGCUUAGUCCUGGGAGCUGCGGGUGAUGCUGGAAGUCUGGGAGCGUGAGGGCUGUCUGCUAGGACGGCUGCUGCCGCGGCUGCUCGCUGCUGAACAAAGAGGCUCGGCUGAGAAGGCAGGUUAGAGACGCUGGCGGCCUGACACCCGUCAAUCGCUCUGGCACCACCUUCUUUUUUUUUUUAACAACCCAGGAAUCGCAUCGCAGUCAGUAUUGUGUUCUGUCAUGAGCAGACCUGGCCCGUGCCCUGUUUAUUUAAGACUUUUCCCUUUAUUAUAAGUGUUUCAAACUGUGAGAGGAACUCGAGGAAGCCGCAGGAGAACGAGCGUUAUUCCCAGCCAGGCCCGAACGCUCCCGUCCGGCCCCGUGUUCGGGCCGGACCGAUCGCGCGUCAGCCGUAAUCCUAUUGUUCCAUCUAGUGGAAGGUGGUGAUACAGCAGGCGACCGGCACCAGGUCCGACCUCGGGGUCGGCCUUCGGGUUGGUUUUCGGCGACUCUGCCUGCCUCCUCGCCGCCGCCUCCGCCCAGCAGCGCCGCAACAGGACGCCGAGGAAACCGUGAAGGGAAAGUGAAUAUUCAAAGCCUUGUCUGGUAGUAAAGCUUCUAUUUUUGUAACACGUUUUGGUUAAUAAACCCACGAAAGAGAACGAGGGAGAGAAAAAGAUGUCAGGUAGCACUUAACCAUAUUCCCGCAAUAAUUAGAAUAGCUGUUGUUUGUGCGAUUAGGGGAGAAACGCAGAAAUGGUAGGAUAAGUGCUAUUUUCAGAAUGCUUUGUUGUCGUGCUUCUGUUUCGUUGAAUGUGUCUUUCUUGUCAGUGUGGUAGUAAAGUGGUAGAAAAAACCCUGGAUGUGCCAAACGGUAGUCGUUGCUUCCGCUUUCCAGUCUACUCGUCUGUAGUGUAGAAUGGAUUCCUAAGACAUUCCAGCAGUGUCGGUAGCGGCUUCUAGAAAUAUCUUUACAAAAAGAGGAAAAAGCAGAAAAGGCAAAAAAAAAGAGAAACAAAAAAAAAUGAUAUCCCUUUAGAAAUCCAACAAAGCAUGUUAACACAUCUGUCACCAACCGUCACACACGAUCCAGUUGUUUGUCCUUUGUUUUCUGUUUGCACAUGAUCAUUCCGCCGCCGUGCAAUUUGCACGAGGCGUUAGUGCCUCGUGCUGUCACCCCUCAGGGAAAGGUUUCUUUUGCGCUUUCUGUUUCCAGACGACAUUUGUUUGUACUCAUUAGGUUCAGUUCAUGUUUUUGUUCAGGGACAUUCUAUGAGGCGCGGUUGAGAUUCACAUAUUUGACUAUUAAUCACUGAGUUGUUCGGUAUUUUGCGUUGCUGGUGUCCUAGCGGGCGCCCCCAGAGACUCAAACACAGUGCUCCCCCACAGCAGUGGGGAAAAAAUGUGUGUAACUAAACCCCAUCACUUUUACAAACCAGAGUUUUUUCAGCACACGGCAUAUUCCUGUUUGGUUUCCAAUGGUGUCAUCAGGGUCUUUAAAAAUGCUAACCCUCUUUGUUAUAGAAAAAACCAAAUAUUCUUAUGCAAUAUCAAAUCUGUUGUGUUUGGGUUGUAGUAGAUAUGCUGUACCUAAGUAAUAAUCUCUGUUAU